AUGCCAUUGCUUUUUUGCAGCUACAAGCGGAAUAGCACCUACAACACGUACAUUGGGAAGGGCUAUGUGAUCCAAGGGAUUGACAAAGCACUGCAGGGUCUGUGUAUGGGAGAGAAACGCAGGGUCACAGUUCCUCCUCACAUGGCCUACGGAGAAAAAGGAGUCGGCGACCUCAUCCCUGGAUCUGCUGUGCUGGUCUUUGACAUUCACGUCAUUGACUUCCACAACCCUGAAGACCCGGUCAAGAUUAAAGUGACCCACAAGUCUCAGGACUGCGGUGAAACCAGUGAAGCCAACGACCUGAUUCAGUAUCGUUACAAUUGCUCCUUGAUGGACGGCACACUGCUCUACUCCUCAGACCACUACGACUCCCCUUCUACCACCACUCUAGGAAGGAAUAAUGUCAUCUACGGUCUGGAGGAGGGACUGAGUGGCAUGUGUGUGGGCGAAAAGAGGGAGGUGAUUGUCCCCCCCCACUUAGGACACGGUGAAGCUGGAGCUGUAGGCGUGCCCAGCAGUGCCGUGCUCUUCUUUGAACUGGAGUUGAUGGACCUUCAGAAGGGAGUACCUGAAGGCUUCAUGUUCAUGUGGCUUGGAGACAGCCCAGACCCCCUCUUUCCUGCCAUGGACCUCAAUGGAAACCAAGAGGUCCCUUUAGAAGAGUUUUCAUCUUUUAUAAUGAACCAAGUGAAGGAGGGCAAAGGUCGACUCAGACCGGGGGUGGAUGCCAAUGCAGUCAUUCAGGAAAUGUUUAGUAAUCAGGACAGCAACGGAGACGGAAAAAUCAUUGGAGACGAACUAAAACAGACAGAUGAGGCGUCUGAGAAAAGGAAACGUGACGAGCUUUGAGGGGACAGUGGCAAUUUUCUGAAAAUGUGAAAGGAAUAUAUAUAUAUAUAUAUAUAUAUAUAUAUAUACAUAUAUAUAUAUAUAUAUAUAUACUCUUAAAACUAACAUACCAACAUUUGGGCAGAGCCCACUGUCUGGGUUUUAUUUUAAAAAAUGUGUCAGACUCGUUGCUUAAUAUAAAAUAAUUAAGAACACUGGUUGUAUGUUGGUACAUGUUUGUAAUUCUUUUGAUAAUUUGUACAAGAAUGAUACACCUAAUAUAGAUGUAAAAAAAAAAAACUCCACUGUGGGACAAAAAAUAAAGUUUUUAUAAAAAUGAGAGAGAGAAUAACACAUUUCAUCUUUUUAUUCCAUUUUCUAUGGAGACAAAUGUACAGCUUUGAAUCAGAUAAAAUCAUCAAAACGACAGUCAUCAAUGACAGUUUUUUUUGUUUUUGUUAAUUAUUACUGACAACUAAAACCGAUCACCGCGACCCUAUUUGCAAAGAGUUAAAAGAAAAUAAAAACCCCGACCAGAAAAACAGCUUCUGUCUAUCGUCUGUAUUAAUUCCACUCAAAGACUCAGAGUGAAAUGUGAACACGACCUUUAAAUCAUAAGUAUUAAAGCCUGUUUACUGGCUCAAAUGAGUAAUUUUUGCUAGAACCUUUUGACUAAAAACUGUGGAAAGCCUCACUGUAAAAACUGUUUGUUACCAUGAGACUGGAUACAAGAGACAAUAAUGUCGUCCAGUCGUCUGUUCAUCAUUUGAUGAUCAAGAUGGCUCGAUCUGAUGUUAGUCAAAAUUUCAAGAUCAA